CCGUGAACGCACCGCGAGCAGCAACACAUUCCCAUCAGCGCGACUGAGUCUCGAGUGGGAACGAGAGCGACGUACCUGGUUAAAGGAGCCGAGGACGCCACGGACUACCGGUAAAGUCAAAGGUCCGACACGGAGCGGACAGAGCGCGGUCGCUGCGAAACAGAAAAAUAAAGAAACGCGAUUUAAAGUGAGUUUUUCUUAAAAGGUUUAAUGAGUGAACGCGACUCGUGAGUGGGACCGCGGCAAAUGUAGGAUGACAACGGCGAAGGAGCAUUAAAGUGCGGGCAUGUCAAGAAACUUCAGAGCAUCUGCACACUAAACUCCAGAGUCCCGAGGGAUGGCUUGAUUCCUUCCCCCGGUAAAGGCGGUGGGACAACGCUGUCGGAGGUACCCAUGUUUCUGCGGGAGAGCGACAAAGUUUGCUGCGCUUCGCUCGGAUACAAAUCUACUUUGUGAGGGACACCGCCGCCGUGACUGUGCCGGAGCACGCCCGCUCGUCGGUGUCGGCUCCCGGGUGUUCACAAUGUCCAAACCCGUACUGAAGAAGAGCCACUGGAGCUCCAGGGUGAACGAAUGCUCCGUGUCCAAAGAUGCCCGCGGUGACCUGAACGUGGCUCUGCGCGGCGGCGCGGAGAACGGAGAGUUCGCCUACGUCGGGCCGGUGAACGAGGAUUUGGUGAUCUAUAAAAGUGGGACAUUAACGGAGGGGGAGCUGCUGCUGGAGGUGGAGAACCUCUCCAUCUCGGGAUUACCCUUGUACGACGUGCAGACCGUGAUACAGAACUGCAAAGGUCCCGUCAGGUUGAAAACUGUCCGGCAAGGAAGCAAGCUGAACAAGGACCUGAAGCAUUAUCUGAGCCAGCGCUUCCAGAAGUCGUCGCCUGACCACGAGCUGCAGCAGACCAUCCGAGACAACCUCUACCGCCACGCCGUGCCUUGUACUACCCGCGCCCCACGUGAAGGAGAAGUUCCUGGCGUGGACUAUAACUUCCUCUCAGUAGAGGACUUCCUGGAGUUGGAGAAGACUGGGACCCUGUUGGAGAUAGGAACAUAUGAAGGUAACUAUUAUGGGACGCCCAAGCCACCGGUGCAGCCCCCCAGUGGGAAAGUGAUUAGCAGCGGCGGUAGCGGCGGUGAUGCCCCACUGCCAGACGGGCUCAGCAGUAGCCUGCCGGGCUCGCAGCACUCCACUCCUCUACGCAGCAAGUCCUACAAUGACAUGCACAAUGCUGGAAUAGUGCCUGGAGAGCAGCAGCAGCAGGAGGACGACGAGGACCUCCCUGACAUGAACAGCAGCUUUACAGGAGACUCUAGUGAAUUUGACGAGAUUCAUCACUCGGUGCGCCCCUUCGCCCCCCACCAGAGUGACCCGUCCUACGCUGGGACAACCCCCUCACCACCGUCCAUCACGGAGAGCACACAGCAGUCACACCCUCACCUGAGCCAUCCUCCCCCUGAGGACCCGCUGGGACCUCUGCCUGACAACUGGGAGAUGGCCUACACCGAGAACGGGGAGGUCUACUUUAUAGACCACAACACAAAGACCACCUCCUGGAUAGACCCUCGGUGCCUGGACAAACCUCAGAAACCCCUGGAAGAAUGUGAUGAUGAUGAAGGGGUACACACGGAGGAGCUGGAUAAUGAUCUAGAACUUCCACCAGGAUGGGAGAAAAUAGACGAUCCAGUGUAUGGGGUCUACUAUGUUGAUCAUAUCAACAGGAAGACCCAGUAUGAAAAUCCAAUGCUGGAGGCUAAGAGGCGCAGGCAGCUGGAGCAGCAGCCGCCUCAGCAGCCUCAGCCCCAAAGCCAGCAGCCACCUGAAGGUGAGCGCUACAUCCGAGAAUGGAUCGAGGACUCGACGCUGGCGGGCGCCCCAUUGGCCAGCUAUGCUGCCAACCACCAGGAGACCUACAGGGAACCUCAGACAGGUCCCCCGGUGCCCAAUGCGAUGGGCCAAAAACGAGGGAAGCCAUUCUUCACUCGGAACCGAUCUGAACUGAAGGGCACUUUCAUCAAUACCAAACUCAAGAAGAGUCGUCGGGGGUUCGGUUUUACCGUCGUAGGAGGGGACGAGCCGGACGAGUUCCUGCAGAUAAAGAGCCUGGUCCUGGAUGGACCUGCUGCCCUCGACGGCAAGAUGGAGACGGGUGAUGUGAUCGUGAGCGUUAACGACACCUGUGUGCUGGGCUACACCCAUGCCCAAGUCGUGAAGAUCUUCCAGUCCAUCCCAAUCGGCUCCAUGGUCAACUUGGAGCUGUGCCGUGGCUACCCACUGCCUUUUGACCCGGAUGACCCCAACACCAGCCUGGUUACCUCAGUGGCUAUUCUUGACAACAAAGAUCCCAUCAUCGUCAACGGCCAGGAGGCCCCCAACAGCUACGACUCCCCCUCCAGCCACGGCAGUCAGAACAACAACAACGGCCCCGCAAACGGCGGAGCGCCCCUCAACGGCCUCCCCCGACCCCACAGCCCCUCUGCGGAGGUGGCUUCCGAUACCUCUUCCCAGCUCGGCUACCCCAGCGAUGUGGUCACCCUGGCCUCAUCCAUUGCCACACAACCGGAGCUCAUCACUGUACACAUGGAGAAAGGAGACAAGGGCUUCGGCUUCACCAUCGCCGACAGUCCGGGAGGCGGGGGGCAGAGAGUGAAGCAGAUUGUGGACUACCCUCGCUGCCGUGGCCUCAGGGAGGGCGACAUCAUCGUGGAGGUGAACAAGAGGAAUGUGCAGAGCAUGUCUCACAACCAGGUGGUCGACCUGCUCAGCAAGUGUCCCAAAGGCAGCGAGGUCACCAUGCUGGUGCAAAGAGGAGUGGCACCUGCAAAGAAGAGCCCCAAACUGGACGAUUUUGACCUGGCUCCUCCUUACGGAGAUUACACUAGGAUGCAGUUGUCAAGGAAGGACAGCCAGAACAGCUCCCAGCAUAGCGUUUCCAGCCACCGGAGCGCCCACACAGACUCUCCCGUGCACCCGUCCCUGGCGCCGCCCCUCAGCGAGAGCGGCGCUCCCCCGCCCCCCUCGCAGCCCCUGCCGGGACUCCCGCCGCAGGACCCCUCGGCAGACGGGACCAUCCAGAGAAAACCAGACCCCUUUAAGAUCUGGGCCCAGUCCAGGAGCAUGUAUGAAAGUAGGCUUCCAGACUUCCAGGAGCAGGACAUCUUCCUGUGGAGGAAGGACACGGGGUUCGGCUUCAGGAUCCUCGGAGGCAAUGAGCCGGGAGAGCCCAUCUACAUCGGCCACAUAGUGAAGUACGGGGCUGCAGACGAGGACGGGCGGCUGCGAUCCGGCGACGAGCUGAUUUGCGUGGACGGCACGGCCGUGGUGGGCAAGUCGCACCAACUGGUGGUGCAGCUGAUGCAGCAGGCUGCCAAGCAGGGUCACGUCAACCUCACGGUGCGACGCAAAACCAGCUACGCCGUCAAAGCAGAAGGAGACGUGCCUCCGUCGCCGGCGUCCUCGCACCACAGCAGCACCCAGGCGCCCAGCCUGACGGAGGACAUAGGGAAGCGCACCCCGCAGGGCAGCCAGAACUCCCUCAACACGGUCAGCUCCGGCAGCGGCUCCACCUCGGGCAUCGGCAGCGGGGGAGGAGGCGGAGGGACGGGGGGCAGCGGCAACGCCGUGGUCCCCGCCGCGGCGGUCACCACCUCCUCCCAGGCCCCCAACGCCACCUCGGCCGCCGCGCCCUCCGCUCUGCAGCCCUACGACGUGGAGAUCCGCCGCGGCGAGAACGAAGGGUUCGGUUUCGUCAUCGUCUCGUCGGUGUCCCGACCUGAAGCCGGCACCACCUUUGUCGGAAAUGCAUGUGUGGCCAUGCCCCACAAAAUAGGGCGCAUCAUCGAGGGGAGCCCGGCGGACCGCUGCGGGAAGCUGAAAGUCGGGGACCGCAUCCUGGCCGUCAACGGAUGCUCCAUCACCAACAAGUCCCACUCUGACAUCGUCAAUCUCAUCAAGGAGGCCGGGAACACGGUCACGCUGCGCAUCAUUCCCGGAGACGAGUCGUCGAACGCAUCGCUGUUGACGAACGCGGAGAAGAUCGCCACCAUAACCACCACACACACACCUCAGCAACAGGCUGCGCCGGAGGCCAGGACCAACACCAAACCAAAACAGGAGUCUUAUGAAUUUAAAGCGCCACAAGGCCCUCCUCCCCAGCCCCCCACACAGCCGGUCUCGGCUCAGGAUGCCGAGUUCUACUCCGUGGACCUGGAGCGAGACAACAAAGGCUUCGGCUUCAGCCUGCGGGGAGGCAGAGAGUACAACAUGGACCUGUACGUGCUGAGGCUAGCCGAGGACGGAGCGGCUGUACGCAACGGAAAGAUGAGGGUCGGCGACGAAAUCCUGGAGAUAAACGGCGAGAGCACCAAGGGCAUGAAGCACGCGCGGGCCAUCGAGCUCAUCAAGAACGGAGGCCGGCACGCCCACCUGGUGCUCAAGCGGGGUGACGGCUCCGUGCCCGAAUAUGACGGCAGCCCCAACAACGGCAGCGCAGCCAACCCAGCCUCAGGGUUACAAAACGCUGCGGAAGUGAGCACCCUUCACUCAGCCAACGCGCCAUCAGAGUCAAGCUACCCACCAGAACCCCAACAAGCAUCCCGGAGCAAGAAGCAAGAGGCGACCCGCCGCUCUAACGGCACCGGCAAGCACCACCAUUCCAAACACCACCGCCACCACUCCCCCAGCAAGAAAACCAGCGCAGGAAAACACAAGGGGAAAAAGUCCACGGGGAAGAAGAAGGAUGAAAAGGGAGGGGAUGGUCACCGCCACCACUCCAGCGGGAACCACCACCACCACCACCACCGUAGCCGCCACCGUUCGCCCAACAAGGGGCACGGCAGGUCGCGCAGCACAGAGAACACUCUGGACGGCCGGCACGGGGGGCACCACCACCGUGGCCGGUCCCCGGACAAGCACCGCAGCCACCACCACUCCUCCUCCAACACCCGCCACCGCUCGCCUCACCGCUCUCCUUACCGCUCGCCCCACCGCCACAGGUCCCCCCACCGCUCCCGGCAACACUCCCCCAACAGACGCCACGCCCACUCGGCGGACCCCUACCGCCGCCGCGCUUCCCCAGAGAGGCCAAGCCGCGCCAACGAGAAGCCCAGCGGCGAGGCCGUGUUGACGGAGCGAGCCGCGUCUCCUGAAUUCAGCCUCCCUCUUGAGGACAGCAUCCUGCGAGAGAGCCCGGCCCUGGACCGCCUGAACAGGGAGGCUACGCUUUCUUCGCCUUACAGGGAGGGUCGCCUGUACGGGGAGGACAGCCUGCUGAUGAGAGCCUCCUCCCUGGAGAGGGCCUAUAAGGGGGACAGCCUGCUGAGGGACAUCGCGUCCCGCCAAAGAGACGUCUACAGAGACACCGCCCUGCCCAGAGUGCGCACCCCCGACUCGGAUUCAGCCUACAAGAGGUACAGCUCGCUGCUGAGAGGGCGUUCGCCUGAUAGGGUGGACAGGGGCGGGGCGCGCGCCAGCCGAGGAAGCUCACCCGAACCUCAGUACCGAGCCCGCAGCCUGGGACGAGACGUCUCCCCGAUUAGGAGGCCCAGACGGGAUGACUCAGAGGACGAAGAGGACGACGACAAUUUCGUAGCGGAAAAAGUGAGGGAGUACUACAGCACGCUCAAGACCAACACCAGUCACUCGUCUAAGCCCACGCUCCCUGAGCCCAAGAAGACCUACAAGGAGAAUCCCAAAGACCUGAGCAUCUGAUUGGACAGCUGUCAGCCAAUCACAGAAACCACCCACAAAACACCUCAAGUACUCACCAUUAUCACCCGGUCCAACAGAAAUGUGUACACAUGCUCACACACACACACACACACGCACGCACAUGCACAUGUCACGCACACAUUAUGUAACAAACUAACAACACAGUGAUUCCAAAUGACUUUUGAAAGCUGUUUUUUUUUGUUUUCUUUUUUAAAUGUACGUUUUCUUUUCAUUAAUUUUUUUUUUCUUCUUGAUUCUGUUGAAGCAUUCUACAUUUACAAUAACACAGACUUUUCCAGAAAAUGUAAAACCAUAAAAAACAAUGAUGUGCCUAACAGUUCCAUUAACAAGCAACAUUUUGUUUUGGAUUUGAUAUGUGGUGGGCAUUUUGUGCCCCACUGUCAGACGAUGAAAUGUAUGUACUUUUCCACGAGGAUCCCAUGGAAGUACCGCGCACCCCGAUCACCAUAACCGGUGCUCACAACGAUGCUGUGCAUGUCUUUACCGGUUUCAAUGUCUCUCUCUUUCUGUCUCUUUCUCUCUCUCUCUGUCUCUCUCUUUCUCUCUUUCCUCCCAGUGCCACUGUUUUUUAGACAUUUGACCAGACUAUAGCACAAGCCUGCAUUUGUUUGUAUAUUUUUGACAGUUUGCAGUAUGUGUACAUUCAGAGGUGAUCAUUUUAAACGAAUGAAGGGAAAAUUAAAAGUUAAACUAUGAUGAUGAUGACGAUGAUGUUAAAAUAAAAUAAUAUAUUCAACAAAUGAA